CGGCGAAAGAGAGCAGUCAUAAAAACGAAACCAUUAAACCGCCUCAGCUAAAAAAAAACAGGACCGUUCUUUUCCAGAACGCAGACCCUUUUUACGAGACAGGAUGAAACGAAAGUGCAAAGUGGCCAUCGGAACAGAUAAUGAACGCCUUAUUAGCGAAAGUGGUCUUAAAAAAAGCAACAAAAAGAAUAUCGUGACAACCAAAAGCAAACUGGAAGAAGCUGACUUGGUGGAUUUCGACAAAGUUCCUUCUUUUUUCCGCGAGCCGUUUAUAAUAUCGAGUUAUCGCAAGUGUGAUUCGUCCGCGUGGUACUGUUUCAAAAGCUUGUUUCAAGCCACCAACGAGACGAUCAACAUUUGGAGUCAUGUUUUGGCGCUCGCUGUUUUCAUGCUUCGCUUUGCAUCUGUCUUCGCCAAACACGAGCCGCGGGAAGAUCCGUUCGUGUAUCCACUGCUGUGCUUUGCAUUCGGGAUUUGUGUAAUGCUUGCCAUGAGUGCUGGCGCUCACUUGUUCAACUGCAUGUCGAUCAAAGCCCGUCACGUAUGCUUCUUUUUCGAUUAUGCUGCCAUUAGCGUGUACACCUUCACGGCUGGUCAAGUGUUUUAUUUUUAUUCUAGGCCUGUGAGCACAACUUGGUUGAUAUUCAACACCCCCGCUCUGUUCCUAGCGAUCUCCGCCGCCAUUUCUUUUGCAUCGACGUUGGCGUGUUGCUACUCGUUUUGCAGCACAAGUCGUUUCGAUGCAGCUUUAAAAGCGAGUACUUACAUUAGCUCGUGGCUGUUCAACACUUCACCAUAUUGGACAAUGUUAUCAUUAUGUAACACAACAUCAACUUGUAGCAGCCCUCAAUCCGUGCAGUAUUUCACUCGUCACUGUCUAUUCUACGCGGGUGGGACGCUUGCGUAUGUUUUCCGCGUCCCGGAACGUUUGAUGAUCGGAGUUUUCGACGUGGUAGGGCACAGCCAUCACUUCCUUCAUAUUCUAUGCGCAAUCGGUGCCGCAGAUGAGUUUUCAGCUGUUGAACUAGAUAUGCAGCAGAGAAGGGCUAUCAUCGAGCCACUCCCAGGACCCACAUUCUCAAACAGUAUUUUGCUAACGAUCUUAGUCGUUCUUGGAAACAUCCUAGUAGUACUGUUGUGUACAAGGUACCUAAAUUUACGAAAGCACUGAUGAUACCUAAAAGAAUAGGGUUUAUUAUCUCUUUCCAGGAAUGGUCGAGUAUGAUACAGAAAUUGAGAAUUUCGUGUAAGACCAUGUAUCUAAAGUUCUCAAUGGGGUUAACCGUUGGCCGUAAAAAGGCGAAAAAAAGAAGUCGUUUGGCGUUAAAAUUAACAAAUUUUAACCGUUAGUCAUAAAAAGUUAUGUUGGUAUGUUAGAGACCCUCUAUCCAUUGAGGUGUUGACGAGGGUAUGAUCUGAACGAGUACUCGAGUUCUUUGUCAGUUGAAAAUAUUUAAUUUUAUGUUUGCCAUGUAUCCUUUUUUCUAAAAUGAACCCUGCAAAUUAAACUCAGUCGCUACACGGGUUACUGUUUUUUACAUGCAGGGAAGAAGAACAACUUGUCUUGUAAAUUUUAACUGCAACUCCUUGCUUUUCUUUUUCUUUUGCCGUAGUCAUGCAAACAAAAUAAGAAUAUGCUGGAAAUGUGAAAUUUCCAGAAAUGGGUAUGCACAGAAAAUGAAUAGAUAUAAAAUAGUGUUUCGUUUAAUAAAUAGGCGUUGCCUCGUGUUGACAGAUUUAUUCGAUGACAAGAAUCGUGAUUGACAUUAAUCCAAUAGAUUGAUUUAAAAGCGUUAGAUUAUUAUGUUUUAAGUCAGUUUUUCAGCAGAAUCGAAGUGAGAAAGAAGUUAUUUUGUUAUCGUUUUUCUGUCUCUAAAUCCGCUUACCCAGAGAAUCUGCUAACCCGUAAAGUGAGACUGUUGUAACGACCCGCCACAGAAGUAAGUUUAUAUUGAAGUUUUUGAAUUUAGUUACAAGAUAAAGACUUGAUUUGCGUUUGUUCUAAUUGCGAAUUAUAAAUGUAUUUCUUUUAGAUCGAAUAAUUAUUAAAGCGUGGCUUAAUAUUAUACGGUUUGUGGUGGUCAUUUGAUCUAACCAGUUCCGAGUAAGGAAACAAUAGAUCAUAAAAGUGGGAAAUGUAAAAAUGAAUAAAUUGUACACAAACGGAAAAGCAAUUAAUUUCCUGGUUUGACGGAUGCUUGAACAACGGAUAGACAGAAUGAAUAACGACUUGAAGAAGUAAAUUAAUGAAUUACUGACUGAACGCAUGAACGAGUAAUGUGGGUAGAUUGUGGAAGAAACGAAAGGAUAAACGAACUAACG